UAGAUUUCAGAACUCUCUAGAUUCUAGAGUCAUCCCUCCCUUUCUUCCAACCUAUAUAUCUAACACCUCUCACUCUCACCCCCCUCCAAGACCAACAAAAAGCUAGCUAGCAUUGCCUUUAAGCCAUGGAUGAAGACUUCGAGUUCGACGUGAACAUGGAGGAUGAUCCAGUUCUCAAGGUGGGUGACCGUGAAGAGAAGGAGAUUGGUAACAAAGGGCUAAAGAAGAAGCUUCUCAAGGAGGGUGAAGGAUGGGACACUCCUGCUACUGGCGACGAAGUUGAAGUUCAUUAUACUGGGACGUUGCUUGAUGGAACUCAGUUUGAUUCAAGCCGUGAUAGGGGGACCCCGUUCAAGUUCAAGCUUGGCCAAGGACAAGUGAUCAAAGGAUGGGAUGAAGGUAUCAAAACCAUGAAGAAGGGCGAGAAAGCCGUUUUCACCAUCCCUCCUGAGUUGGCCUAUGGCGAGUCUGGAUCCCCUCCAACUAUUCCACCCAAUGCCACUCUUCAGUUUGAUGUGGAGUUGCUGUCUUGGAACAGUGUCAAAGACAUAUGCAAGGAUGGGGGAAUUUUCAAGAAAAUACUUACUGAAGGGGAGAAAUGGGAAAAUCCAAAAGACUUGGAUGAAGUUUUUGUUAAGUAUGAAGCUUGGCUUGAAGAUGGGACACUCAUUUCGAAAUCUGAUGGGGUGGAAUUCACUGUUAAAGAUGGCUGUUUCUGCCCUGCCUUGGCAAAAGCUGUGAAAACAAUGAAGAAAGGAGAGAAAGUCCUCUUAACAGUGAAGCCACAAUAUGCAUUUGGGGAGAUGGGUCGACCAGGCUCUCAUGACGAGGGUGCUGUGCCUCCAAAUGCUACCCUCCUUACAACUCUUGAGUUGGUCUCUUGGAAGGCUGUUUCUGAUAUAACCAAGGACAAGAAGGUUCUGAAAAAGAUCUUGAAGGAGGGAGAGGGAUAUGAGCGUCCAAAUGAUGGGGCAGUUGUACAAGUGAAACUAAUCGGCAAGCUACAUGACGGGACCAUCUUUACAAAGAAGGGUCAUGAUACGGAGCCAUUUGAAUUCAGAAUAGAUGAAGAACAAGUUAUUGAUGGACUCGAUAGAGCUGUGAAAAACAUGACGAAAGGGGAAAUUGCUUUGGUGACUAUUCAACCAGAGUAUGCUUUUGGCCAAUCUGAGAAACAGCAAGAAUUGGCUAUUGUCCCUUCCAAUUCGACUGUAUAUUAUGAAGUUGAGCUGCUCUCAUUUGAGAAGGAGAAGGAAUCUUGGGAUAUGAACACACAGGAGAAGAUUAAGGCAGCUGGAAAGAAGAAGGAAGAAGGGAAUGCAUUGUUCAAGGUUGGUAAAUAUGAAAGAGCAUCAAAGAGAUAUGAAAAGGCUGUAAGGUUUAUUGAGUAUGACUCCUCUUUCAGUGAGGUGGAGAAGCAGCAGGCCAAGGUACUUAAGAUUACCUGCAAUCUUAACAAUGCAGCCUGCAAGCUGAGACUCAAAGACUACAAGCAGGCUGAGAAGCUGUGUACAAAGGUGUUAGAAGUCGACAGUAAGAAUGUAAAAGCUCUGUACAGGAGAGCACAGGCAUACAUACAACUUGUUGAUUUGGAGCUGGCAGAACAGGAUAUCAAAAAGGCUCUUGAGAUAGACCCAGACAACAGGGAUGUGAAGCUGGAGUACAAGAUUUUGAAGGAGAAAGUGAGAGAGUAUAACAAGAAGGAUGCCCAGUUUUAUGGCAGCAUCUUUGCAAAGAUGAACAAAUUAGAGCAAGCAAGAUCAGCAAAUACACCGCGAAAGCAGGAGCCAAUGCCAAUGUUAAUUGACAGCAAGGUGUGAUACCAACCUGCCCUCCUCUCUCUUUUUUGUAGUUUAGACAACUACAGUUUAAGAAUUGAGGUUGUGUUAGAUUCAGUGAACAGUUAUGGAAUGUAGAUUAGUGGAGUGGUACCAAAUUAACCAGUGAGAUGUAUUAUCCUUCUAAUAA